UUUAGGUUCUGCAAAUAAAGAAAACCCUCAUCGAUAGUGCUUACCCCCAUAACGAAUCUCCCAAUAUAAACAGAAAUAAGUCUAACCUAAUAAGCCAGAAGAUACCUGUAAUUUACUUUAAAAAAACAAAGCAAUCCAUAGUUUCUUUGUAAAAUUAUUGAAGUGGAAGUUAUAAAGUUCAUGGAUCUCUUUGUAAAAUUACUGAAGUGUAAGUUAUAAAGUUCAUGGAGUAGACCAGCUUCCACUCCAAGUUGCUGCAGUUCUUUGAAGGUAGAAGUUACGCAUGGCGCUGUUUACUGGAAAAGGGAUUCUCCAGAGCGAAGCUCUAAAGAAGUACAUCUUUGAAACUACUUCAUAUCCUAGAGAGCAGAGAGAACUCAAGAAUUUACGAGAAGCUACAGUAAACAAGUAUGGCAACAAGAGCCAGAUGUCUGUGCCAGUUGAUGAAGGGCAAUUCCUAUCAAUGCUUGUAAAGAUUAUGAAUGCCAAGAGAACCUUGGAGAUUGGUGUUUUUACAGGCUAUUCUCUACUUUCCACUGCACUUGCACUGCCUGAUGAUGGCCAGAUAACGGCUAUAGACCUAGAUCAAGAAGCUUAUGAAGUCGGAUUACCAUUCAUCCGACAGGCAGGCAUGGAGCACAAAAUCAACUUCAUCAAAUCAAAUGCCAUCUCAGCGUUGAGUGAAAUGUUGAACAAUCAGGAUAAAGAUAGAUCAGAAUUUGACAUGGCAUUUGUAGAUGCUGACAAAUGCAGCUACAAGCAAUUCCAUGAACAAUUGUUGAAACUUGUUAAGGUUGGAGGUAUAAUAGCUUACGAUAAUACCUUGUGGUAUGGCUCUGUUGCUCAAAAAGAAGAAGCUGUACCGGAGCAUCUAAGGGAGACAAGAAAGGCCAUAAUGGAAAUCAACGAAUAUCUGGCUUGUGAUCCUCGCGUCGAUAUUUCACAAGUCUCUAUCGGUGAUGGUGUUACCGUAUGCAGGCGUCUGUAUUGAGAAACAAUCUAUAUUUAUUGCAGAUGUUGCAGCUAGAUGGUGUUUAAUUGCGAAUAAUUUAUUUUAUAUCCUACUCUAUAAUUAUCGAA